AUGGCCGCCUCAUCAAACGAAAGCUUGGACAUCCUGGAGUCAGCGCUUGAUCAGGCCUUUUCCGCACCCUUGCCAACCGUCCCCCAGGAAGUCCCACAGGAGGUGUCGGCAACAGAGCAAUCCGACUCCUCCCAGUUUGAAUCGGUGGAAGAAUCUAACCUUACUGAAUCAUCAGUGGUAGAAGUCAACUUGUCUGAAUCCACCGUGUCCAAUGACUCGUGGAAAGAGGAAUAUGAAGCUCAGGUCAAGUCCUGGCGCGCCCGCUCAGCUGAGGAGCGCGAAAAGGCCGAAAAAGAGCGCUUGAGAUGGGAAGCCAUUCGCGCUAUUGAGAAGGAAGAAGCGGCGAAAAGGAAAGCUGCAGGAAUUGUCGACGAACCGGUAGUAGCCCCCACUCAACCUCCAGAAGAAAAGUGGGAGGACGUCAAAACUUCCAGUGAGACCACACCCGAAACCCCUGCUUCCAAAGUCGAAACAGCGCCCUCAAAUAUAAAAGAGGCAUCAGAGCUGAAAGUUCCCUCUUCACCCACACCACCAUUACCCCGCACAGUCUCGCAUCAAGACACCGCUACCACCACGGACGAUUCACAGAAAUGGGAGGAUGUACCUUCCGUGACUUCAUCCUUCCCUUCAAUGUCCUUCCCGGAAAACAUAGAGGCAUCCACUCCCGCCAACCGUGAACAACCUGCUCCUGCCCCCGCCCCUGUGUCUGUGUCCCUAGCCAUCUUCGAUUCGUCGCUCUCAACACGCACCCGGGUAACGGCUUUAAUCUCUUCCCUGGCUGUCAACUUGUUCCUCCCAUUCGUUAACGGUGUUAUGCUUGGGUUCGGUGAAAUCUUUGCUAAAGAUGUCGUCAUGCGAUGGCUGGGCUGGAAACCCUCUGGACCAGCGUCAACCGUGACGAAUGUUGGUUUGAGGUCAAGUUCUCGUGAAGAACGCCAAAGGAACGCUUUCCGGUGA